AUGGGUGUCUCUCCAAACCCCCAAAUAAGCGUCCGCAAUGACGGCGGGCGCUCCGGGCUGGACGCCGCCCACACUCCGGCCUUGCUUCGUAGGGCCUCGUCCCCCAACAUCACCACCCCGUUCGAGUCUCUGGUCAUCCCUGAUAUACAAGACCCCCAACACCAGCAUGGUCAGCCCUCCACGGCCCUCCCGAGAAUACAGAACCUCUUCGCCAUCUCGGACGCGGGCCGAGGUGGGCAGCAGCACCAGGCCGGCUGGGAGAGGCGCGGCAGCUAUGGCUCCGAGCUGCCGCCGACCCCGAGGUCGACGUGCUCCGAGGCGUCGAGCCUCGACAGGCGCCUGAUGUCGCUCGCUCCGUCCGCCCUGCCGUCGCCCACGCUCCCCUCCAGUCCCUCGGUAUUCUGCCCACCGCCCCCGCCGCCGCCGUCAGGGGCAGGACACCGCUUCCAGCUGCCGUCACCCCCGAUAACGCCGCUCACAGACUCUUUCACGCUGUCCACCGACGCCUCCGCCGCUGCCGCCGUCUCGUCGUCCUCUUCCCUGUCGUCCCUAUUCAGGUUUGCGUUCCCCGUGACGGCGGCCGACUAUUCCGCAGCAGCAGCCGCCGCCGCCCCUUGCGGUCGCCCGAGCCCAGAGAUGGGAGCACCGCCGCCACCACCACCACCGUCAGCGGCCGCAAGGAGGAGGACCUCCUCCUCCACCUUCAGGCGGCGGCGGCGGUCAACCGAGGAGCUGGACAGGGCCACGGCCGCCGCCGUCGUCUGCCAGCCCGCGGUCUCCCCAAGGGCGGCCAGGGAUGAGCCCUGGCGCGUCAAGAAGACGACGGAGCUGUCUGCGACGCGGCGGCGCCUGCGGAGGAGGGACAGCGACAGCGACGCGCCCGUCGUCGCCGCCAAGUCGCCAGCCACUUCCUCCUCUCCCCCUCCCCUUUCUCCCUCGUCGUCGUCGUCGUCCUCCUCCUCCUCCAUCGCCGCCGCCGCCGCCCGCAGAAAGACGGGCAAGAAGCGCGGGCCGGGCUCCAACGCAAAGUACCCGCUCGCGCACGGCGACUUCAUCGUCUACAUGAAGGUGGAGAAGAACCUGAAGUGGGACACGGUCACGACCGAGUUCAACCGGGCCCUGGACCGGCUGGGCCCUUACCUGAGCCCGUCGGAGCACGCGACCCGGCUGCCCGACCACCGCCGCCAGGACGGCGCCCAGGCCAUCUUCUACCGCAUCAACGAGGUCAUCCCCGUGCUCGACGGCGGCGGCGGCGUCCGCUUCGCCCCCGACGGCCGCGAGAUGGACGAGUGGAUCAAGUGCCGCGACGAGAAGGACCACGGCGUCCGCCUGCCGGGCCUCGUCGACCGCUACCCCGAGCGCGUCGCCGCCAUGAACUACUGGUUUGUGGACGAGCAGGACAUGCGUCGGGCCAGGAGGUUGGCCGCCAUCCGUGAGAGACAGCGCAGAGAACUCGGCGUGCCCACCUGGGCCGAGCAGCAGCACAUGAAGGUGCUCCCUGAGAGGCUGGACUGCCAGCGCAGAGUCAAAAAGAGCCCGGACGCGCCCGCCGAGCAGCAGCAGCGAACUCCCACGGCCACCCCCUCGCCCGCCCGGGACCUCUUCUCUACCCUCUAGUCCCUUCUCGCCAGACUCCCACCCCAACUUGGUCACGCAGACACACGCCACACACACACACACACACACA